GAACCCUGCCACAUUUCAAAACUACAAAAGUGCUGUCUUGCUGUACGGCAUACGUCACUUCCCCCUUUUCCCAUUCGUUCCAAAGAAGGAAGACAAUGCGAACGCCUGUGUAUAGUUACUGCUAUCAUGGCAGAAACCGAUAAACAACAAAAACAACGGAAAAUUUUGUCUGAGGAGACAAAAAAAAGAAAAAGGGAGGCUACCCGGAUAAAAGGACAGUCCAGAAUCAACAUUGGCCCGGCGUUCAAUCGCUGGCGUGCGCUCAAAGACAAGGAGGGAUUUUCGACCGAUGCUGCCUUGGCUCUGUUCCUGCUGGACCAGUAAUUCAUCGGCGAAGCACCUGGGCUUCGGAGGUAAUGUGAUCCACUCAUGCCUCACAGCGGAUCGGAACAGAAGAAACAAGCCCCUGACUGCGGUCGGCGGCACGACGGAGGACUUCACCCCGAUCAUCGGUGCGGUUGGCGGCCCGGAGACGGAGGAAGACAGCUCAGACACCGGUGAGGACAGCGGCUCGUCGGCAGACGGCGUAAUGGCUUUUGACGACACCCUGGCCGCCAUUACUAAAGUCGGCAGUGCGGAGGUCCUCCUAACCUCUCCCGAAACCCUGAGGGUCAUCACCGCGUCACCUGGACCCCCCACGGCCUACACAGGUUUCAGGGGACUCUUCGUAAAUACCUGGUCAUUGUUCUCCACCGCACCAAAACCCGCUAAAACCAUUUGAACCCCUACCACUCCUACUACCCUCCACCCCUCCUCAACUCCGCCCCACCCCCAUCACCUGGACGACGAACAAGUCUUGCCACACAAAUUUCAAAAACAACCAACAUCCUUCUGGACAGUACCUCUCCCCAACGGACUCUGAUGUUCUUUUUGGUUCCGGUGGGCUACCACACAUCCAUCUUAAUGUGAACUGCCUCUCUGGAAAUAAACUCGACCAAAUCAGAGAAAUUUUCCACAACAAUAAGAUAUGAAAAAUACGAGAAAGAUCUUCUGACAUCACAACGCCAGUCUAUAGCAAAAGCUCCUCACCAACCUGUUUCUCCUGUUGUCUCUGACACGCAGUUGGAAAGGAGACAUCUGAAUCCUAUUACAGUCCAAAACAAGAUCCACCCCCCCAUCUUCAUGGUAAAAGAAGAGGCUGAGGACGAGGCUCGGGCAGAAAUAGAGGUAGAGGUAUAAGACGGGGUCAUUUCUGUCGCCAUUCUGAAAAAAACUUUAUUUAGAAUUUCAAGCAAGCAGCCGUGUGACUGAAUUCUUGUUGAUUUUUUUUUAUAUUUUUUUAUAUGGUCAUUGGUGUUAUUGUUUGUUUAUACUGACAAAACCCCAAGAUACUUUAAAACAUCUAAUUGUUUUCAUUCACAUUUAAAUAUUGAUUGUUUUAUUGUACAUCCUUUUGUAAAUAAUUAAAUAUAUAUAUUUGGAAA